AUGCAUCCCCGGUGUCAAAUGCUCUCCGGGCGUCUGUCUUCCAAUGGAUUAGCUCUCCGCUCUGCACAAUCCACGCCACGAACCUACGCGACCUCUUCUCCUGCUGCUCCCGUCAAGAACCCCCUACAAAGGCGACGCGGUGGUGAUCUCGGCUCCCAUCUUCCCAAGCAUGUCAUUCCGAAAGACGCCUACAUACCGGCAUACCCAUAUGGCGACCAUGCGCUGUUCAAGCAAGCAAACAAGGGCCUCUACGGCGAGCAGAUGAUACAAUUUGGCAACAACGUGUCCGAGGACACAGAGACCAAGACACGGCGAAACUGGAAGCCCAAUGUUCUCUCCAAGAGCCUGUACUCGGUCGCCUUGAAGAAGAGGAUCAAGCUGCGCAUUACUUCCAAGGUCCUCAAGACGAUGGAUCGCGAGGGUGGACUGGAUGAAUAUCUGCUGAAGGACAACGAGCAUCGCAUCAAAGAGCUGGGACCGAUGGGAUGGGCUCUACGAUGGACGCUGAUGCAGAAGCCCGAAGUCAUUGCACGGUUGCGUACCGAUGCUGCUGCGUUGGGAAUCGACCAGGCCACAAUCGACAAGCAAUGGCCGACGCCGCAGAUGAUGGUCCUGCAGAAGGCCGCACAAGGCGCACUUCUGGCACAACAAGAAUAUGCCGAGACGGCAGAGCAAGAAAUGUGGGAACCAGAAGAAGCUGAAGAACCCGAGAGCGAUCCCACAGCUCUGACGCUGUCGAAACCAGAAAGCAAAGCCGCCGCCCAGGCCGCGACUGAAUAUAAAAAGGCCGUCAAAGCUGCCCAGCGAUACCUGAAAAGAGGGCUCGUCGACAGUGAAGAGGAGGGCUUGAAGCUAGCCUUUGUACGGGCAAACGAGCGCGCAGAAGCAGCAUCCCGCCUCCAGCAGAACUUCAAGGCGAAGGUCGGGCAACAAUUUAGCGACGAGCAAGUCCAAGAGAUCCGGACGCGAUUCAACCUACCCAACAUCAAAGACCGCACUGCCAGGAAGAUUGCUUACAACCAAUCGAGACGGCAGCAGAUUGAACAAGUCGGAAGCUACGAAGCGUGGAAGGAGUCUGUCAACGCUGAGAAAGCAGCCGCACGCGCAGCUGUAGUAGAAGAAGCCGGUGGAUUGGAGGCAUGGCAGGCGAACAGGAAAGCCAUGUACGCGAAGUUGAUCGAAGAGGCGGAGACGGCAUCCGUCAACGACAUGCUCGACGUUGAAAAGCGGAGCUUCCUGGAGACGGCCAUCAACAAGGCUGACAGGGCGAUCAAGGCCAAGACUUCUGGUGGCCAGGAUGCCUAUGUUGAGUCGACGUUGGAGGAGCUUCGUCGUAGUCGGCCGUCGACUUCUACAGAUGCGUGGGCGGCAUUGGUCAGUUCGAGCAAUAGGUCUGCGGAAAACCGGCCGCGUGCAUGA